CGCCCAAGUUUGCAGAGUUCUGUGGAACAGCAGAGCAAAGCACGAGAAGCUGUAGAGGAGAGAAACACAGGAACCCGGUAGAUUUAUUUAGGGGGGAAAACACACUUUUUGUCUUUAACACACGUUUGAUCGUUUGAGUACUGCGUGGUUUUUUGAUAGAUUUUUUUUCCUUUGUAAACUUUUUGGGCAUUUUGUUUCUACUUUUUGAUUACGUUUUUUAGGUUUGAUAGGUGCUUUAAAAAAGUCGGUUGAAUGUAUAACAUGAUGGAAACCGAGUUAAAAAGUCCCCUGCCACCGCAGUCCAAUGCGGGCUCGGGACCGGGCGGAAAGAGCGGCGGCGGGAGCGAUCAAGACCGUGUGAAGCGGCCGAUGAACGCAUUCAUGGUGUGGUCUCGCGGCCAGCGCAGAAAGAUGGCUCAGGAGAACCCCAAGAUGCACAACUCCGAGAUCAGCAAGCGCCUGGGUGCAGACUGGAAGUUGCUCACCGACGCUGAAAAGCGGCCGUUUAUCGACGAGGCGAAACGCCUGCGUGCCAUGCACAUGAAGGAGCACCCGGAUUACAAAUACCGGCCGCGCCGCAAGACCAAGACCCUGCUGAAGAAAGACAAGUAUUCGUUACCCGGCGGUCUCUUGGCUCCCGGCGCGGGCGCAGUAAACAGCGCUGUGUCUGUGGGCCACCAACGCAUGGAUGGCUACGCACACGUGGCCAACGGCUGGACGAACGGCGCAUACUCGCUGGUUCAGGAACAGCUGGCCUACCCUCAGCACCACGGAAUGAGCAGCCCACCACCUUUGCAACAGAUGCACCGCUACGACAUGACGGCGGGUCUGCAGUACCCAAUGAUGUCUACGGCACAGACCUACAUGAGCGCAGCGUCCACGUACAGCGGCGUCUCAUACGCGCAGCAGAGCCCGGGCGCAGUGGGCCUCGGCUCCGUGGCCUCCGUAUGUAAGACAGAGCCCAGCUCGCCGCCGCCUGCUAUCGCCUCACACUCACAGCGCGCCUGCCUUGGAGACCUGAGGGACAUGAUCAGCAUGUAUCUGCCGCCCGGAGGUGACAGCGCCGAUCACAACACACUGCAGAGCAGCCGCUUACACAGCGUACAUCCACACUACCAGAGCGCGGGGACCGGGGUGAACGGAACACUGCCCCUAACCCACAUUUAACAGACUGACUCGUGCUUUAGGGGUAGUGCAGGAGUUUGGAGUCGACAGCGCGUGACCCUGAAAUACAUACAAGAGACUUGUGUUUUAGGGGUUGUAGAGAUGAGAUGCUGAAUGGUGCAUUACCCCUAACCCACAUUUAAGACUCACCUUUUAGGGGUUUUGAGGAAAGGGGUGGGGUGGGGGAUGUUUAAAAAAAAGUACUUCGGAUACUUGAACAUUUAUAAUUUGGAAAAAAAAAAAGAAAAAAAAAUCACAAUUCCGUUUUCUAAAAAAUUGAAACUAUUUUAAUCUCAUUAAGUUGUCCGUUUGAGAGUUUAUGACAUAUCACGAACUGGGUUCUAAAUGUUGCUCACGGUUUAGACAUACAUUGGAAAGGAGCUUUUUUUUUAUCAGAAGCUAACGCAAUCAACGUGUGUGCCGGAAAAUCGGACUUCUGACUUCUGGCUACUGAAAUGCGGUCAGAUUUCCUCUCUGUGAAAAAGAUGCACGUGGCUUCACGAAGAGGCUGUUGUAAUUUCAGAAAAAAGAAAAAGAAAAAAGAAACCACUGGAGAAAGAGUAUAUUUGCUCAUUUUAAUGUUUACACUUAAUUUGUAGAUUGUCAGUUUUGUUGGCUGUGUCCACAUGUGUAUUCUGUUUCUGUUUCCCCCCCUGUAUUAGUUUUACACUGAAAUGAAAUAACUGUGCUGGUCGCGAGCGCAAAGUUUGUUUUAUUUAUAGUACUAUUUUUUAAGUUUGUGAUCCAUAGUCUUUAUGUCUUGUUCACUUUUCGUUUCAGUUUGUUUAUGUGAAGCUUCUUUUCUGUGAUGUUUUUACAGUAUCAGUCGAACCCAUUUUUGUGGGACGGAGAGUUUUAUUUAAAAUGGCGUUUAUGCUUAUUUUAAGACCAUCCACUAUUCUCAAAUGCCGAAUAAAUUUGUACAAAAGAACAAUCACGUCUGCACGUAUUUAUUUGCACGUGUGUUUUUCGGUGCCACUAGUUGUCGUGUUGUUUGGUGCGAGGGAAAUAAAAAAAACAGGCUCUUUAAAGUAGUUUAAAGGCAAAUCAGAUGAAUGGACAUAAAAAAAAGUAUGACGCAGAAAUAGUAAUAUAUAGUGAUGUGUUAAUGAUGUGUAAAUAAACACGCCCUGCCAGUGGGCCCUGCCAAACAUCAACUGUAAAUGAUGUUAAUUCUGAAGCAGGCUUAACUACAUUUCUGUUUUUUUUUAAUCAAAGUAUGUAAUUACAUAUCAGGGAAGUAACAUGGUUUUCCCGAAAAUAAAGCUUAUGUUGCAGCUUAACACAAAAAGAAAUUGUUAAAUAUAUUUCAAAUAAAUUACCAAACAAGUGCCAUUCACAUAAAACUUAACAAUCUACAAUUAAACAUGUAUCCCUCCAAAAAAAGACAACUAUUUUCCAGAAGAGUUGACAAUUGUUGUUUUUCGUUUCUUUUUUGUGUAAUUGACUAGAUAAAGGUUGUUUCUUCAUUGUCUAAUAAAACAUCAUUGCUAUA